AUGGCAACUCGCGGAGAAGGGCAACAAGUUGCUUGGAGAAGGAAAGUUCUACGAGGCUUUAGGGCUUCAGAGCGGCGAGGAUGGAUUGGCACCCAGGGUGAGUACAACCUCAUGGUUAUGGACCUGUUGGGGCCAUCCUUGGAUGCGUACUUCAAGCAUUGCAAGCAGUUCAGCUUGAAAACGACCCUCCUGCUGUCCGUCCAGAUCCUCGACCGCCUGGAAUAUGUACACAACCGCGGUAUACUGUACCGCGACAUCAAGCCCCACAACUUUUUGAUGGGAAUCGGGGACCAUAGCAGCCGAGUCUACAUUGUGGACUUCGGAUUGGCGAAGAGAUAUGUGGACAAACACGGGAAGCAUAUCGCUUGUGCCACAAAGAAGAGGAGCGGAGUCACCGGAACGGUGCGGUAUUCCAGCAUCAAUGUGCAUGAGGGCAGCGAUCCAAGUCGCCGAGAUGAUUUAGAAGCUACAGGCUACAUGCUGUUGCAUUUCCUUCGAGGCGACCUGCCUUGGCUGGGGCUGAAGGCGCGAUCCAAGAAGUCCAAGCACAAAGCCAUCGGCAGUGUGAAGCAGCAGACCAGCGACGAGGAACUCUGUGAGGGGUAUCCAGAUGAGUUCUGCAAUUUUUUGCGAUACUGCAAGUCACUGCAAUUCGACGAGAAGCCGGACUACGAGUACCUGCGCAGCAUGUUCCACAAACUCUUCGAGAGGCAGGGCUUCGUAAACGACGGCGUGUUCGACUGGACCGGGAUGAGCCUUCCGCCGCCCAGCGAGAGGAAGAAAGUGGUUUCGUGCUCCCGAGACCUGCGGAAAGCGCGGGAGAAGGAGAUCAAAAUCGCACCGCAGGUGGAGGAGAUCAUCAACGGGCCACGGUCACGAAGCCGUGGCCGCAACGAGAAGCGCUGA